AGGAAGAGGAGUGUCGCAGGCUUGACUACGUCAUUCUCUCGCGACAACAAAGACCCAAAACAUCCCUUGUUAUGAAGCUAGUGYGAUAAAUCAGUCUAUCAUGAGCUGUAUGUGUGUUCACGCUGUGUUUUGAGGGUGACGAUGAUUUCAGUCAGUUAUAUUCUGCUGUGCGGCCAGUUCGUGCUGCUGAUAACUGUCUUAUUGUUACAAUGCUUGGAAGGAAUCCACUCCCAAAACUCGUCGACAACAAACGUCAGCGCAGCUACUGUCUCUCCUGCCCAGGGGUCCACCGUCCUGRCCGGCAGCGUGCAGCCCGAGCUGGACAGCUCUGACACACAGCAGGCGGAGAAUUCCACCGAGGUGUUUGAGUACAGGCCCCCGUCACCCGUGGUCCUCUGCAGCUACRUACCCGAGGAGUUCAUCUUCUGCCAGGAGCCCGUGGAUCAUGCUGGGAACUACAGCGCCUUCCAGGAGAUGGGCCACGGCUGCGUCGGCUGGGGGGGUCAGACUCAGAAGGAGGUGAACCACACCCAGGUUAUCUGCACUGCACUGGAUGACAUCGAAUGUGCCGGGCCCAGGGAGUUUCUCAGAGGAAAUGUACCGUGCAUCAAGUACACUGGACACUACUUCAUCACCACACUGCUGUACUCCUUCUUCCUGGGCUGUUUUGGUGUGGAUCGGUUCUGUCUGGGUCACACGGGCACCGCAGUGGGGAAGCUGCUUACUCUGGGCGGUUUGGGUAUCUGGUGGUUUGUGGACCUGAUCCUGCUCAUCACCGGAGGCCUGAUGCCCAGUGACUACAGCAACUGGUGCACGUACUACUGAGUCAGCCAGCACAGCGGCCUCUGGAGGACURCUGACCCAUCGUUUGAAACAAGUCCAGGGAAGAGGCCUCAGCCUGCAGGGACCUGAGUCUGUAGGACUAUUUGACCCACAGAGGACAUCUUUGAGGCUCCUACAGAYUUACCAGGAGCUCCAGGAGCAAUGUUAAUUUAUUUUACCUACAAUUUGUCACUUUGCUACAUUAUAUUGUACAUUAUAAAGUUUCAGCUCUCAGCAGUGAAACUGAUUGCUUGAUGUAAAUGUUUAGAAAAACUAGAAUGUUGCUUUUGUAUGAUCUAAUUUGUGUUUAAUGCAUGAAAACAGGCUGAGAGGAAACAGUUUUAUCCAGCUUUUAGAGGAAACCUGGAGGCUUUGAUGCUGUUUAGUUUCAGUCUUCUGGUUGGAGUGGAGGGGUGGGAGUGAUGGGUCUGAACAAUAAUUAUCUCACCUGUUGRACAUAACGUUUAAAAUGACUUCAGUUCUGUUAGGAGUGACCAGUUAAUAGCUGGUCUUAAGAUUAAAGAUCUUGUGUUUUUAAAAUAACUCAUGUGAAGAUGUAAACAUUAACAACACUGUCAGUUUCCCAUUACACACUCCUGCAAAAACACUACGUAUUCAUACAGGAAGUGCUACAGCUUGCUGCUGCUGCUACUAUGCGCCUGUAAAUAACUACAGAAUUUGAUUUAAAUGUUUAUGUAGACUUUUUUUUUUUUGGAAAGUCUUAUGGCUGAAAUAUUAAUAAAUCCAUUGUUGAUCAGAGAGGUGCA